UGAUGGAACAAGUUCUACUUUAGCGGCUGUCAAUACGGACGACGUAUUGUCCGUCUUGCGAGCAGUUUGGAUGAAAUGACUGAAUAACAUGUACGUGUAAAUUAGUAAUGGGAAGUAAGGCUCUUUUUAUUAACUCAGAUCUUUUCGACUCGUUCAAAUAAAAAGAACGAAUCUUCUGACUGACUCAUUUCGUUCAUUUGAGUCAGUAAUGUCAAAAGAAUGCAGAGACUAUAUGUUUUUGGUUCUACAAAGCUGUGUCCAUAACUUAUUAUUGUACCAUGCGAUCAAUUACCAGUUGUAAACAUGUAUUUGUCUUCUCUAUGAUAUUAUUGCUGUCUGCAUUGGAACUUGAUCUAUUGUACAGUUGUUGGUCCGGAGCAAGUCAGGAGCCAUGAGCCAGAGAGUGUAUUAUAAUCCUGCUGUAGUCACUGCGGUCAGCAGGUCCAACGAACGACAAACUGAACGAGUCACUCGGACAAAAAAUGAUUCAUGACUCUCGAUUCAGUAAAAGGAAUCGUUAAAAAAACAACAAACAGCACAUAACUAGCGUACAUUUGUCUGCAACGCGGUUUGGUGAAAAGGUGCAGAGCGUUGGAUUUGCCUGCUCGGGGGAAAAGGGACUCGCUGCUCCACUAAAACCAAUGGCAACUGCGUGCCGCUUUCAAGGGAUUGUUAAAUACAUGUUAACUAUUUGUUUUGUAGUAAUAUCACCUCUUUAAGAGCGUAGUCAGAACUACAAAUGUCUUCAGUAUUCCAUGCAAAGCAAAUAACACAUUUAGCUCUUAUCAGUUACAUGAUCAGCAUUUGCCGAUGUUACAGUUAGCUGAUAAUGUGUUUACUAGCUAGCGGUAGAAACUAGUCGGCUAAACAGUGACAAGUCGACCUAAUGUACUGAUUUAAACAAUCAACCUAGACCUGCCUAGCGAAGUCACCUAACAUUUCACCCUUUUCAACAUUGAUUUUAGUAGCAUUUAAGAAUUGCUGCAGACAUACAUGAUAGGCUACAUUGACUGAUGGACCGCGUCUAAUUUAGUUAGUUUAAUAGUUAGUCUAAUUUAAUUUAGUUAGCUAGCUAAUAACAGAUCACGUCAAUAUGGCUAGUUAACAAGCUAACUUUCAGGCUAUAAACUAGAUGGCUAUAUCCAGAUAUUGUUUGAUUUGCUUUCCAUAUACUGUAGUGGUGAUGACAGUAGUCUGACUGACAACUUCACCAGGAGGACUACUCUUUCUGAAAGCCUAAAUCUGAUGAAGCGAGAUGAAUUACACAUAUUGUUUGCUUAGCGUUACAUGCCAAAUGGAAAAGUUGAAGUUUAUGGAUCAUGAAAACCAUGCAGUUAUUUGCUGUAUAACUCAGAUGAUAGAGCUAAAUGUGGAAUAAUAAUCGGAAAUAUCUAGUGCUAUGUUCUUCAAGGUGAUAUUAUUAAAACCCAAAUAGUUAUAAACAUUUAUUUAACAAUCCUUUGAAAAGCGCACUGUAGUUGUCAAUGGUUUUAGCGCAGCUGGGGGGUUUCCUUGCUCCCCAGCAGCCAAGUUGAACGCUCUGCACCGGUAUUGUAACGUCAUGUUGAUAAUGACCUGGCUAUAUAUACACUGCGACGUCAUCGGCGGGGUUUUCUGCUUGUGCUCUCAUGACAAGUUUCCAACGUGAAAACGAGUCGGUUGACCAAAACUGACUUAUCAGACUAAGGGUAAAAUAGUGGAGAAAGUAACGGAAAUACUAUCAGACUAAGGGUAAAUAGUGGAGAAAGUAACGGAAAUAACGAAAAGGUAUCCGAAGGCAGUUAUUUUCCUUGAAUGCUUUUAUUUUUGUAAAGUUAGUGUUAACCAUGCACUGUUUGAAAAUAUUACGGGUGACCAACGCAGCAGCUGUUGAAACCUUGAAAGACACGACUAAAAUAGUUUUCAAAAAGGUUUGUUAUAACGGUUUAUUACCGUGUUGUCGUCGUAAUGUUAAAAUUCAACCGGCACAAUAUUUCAACACAAGCUCAACAGAUCAGCACCGCAGCACCACAACCUCAGACAUGGACCACGUGCUUUCCAAACUGAGCAGUGGGAAGGGUCUCUUCUCAGAGGUAGAAGAUAUCCUCUUCUACACCAUCACAGAGGGUCAGAAACAAGUCCCCGUCUCACACUUUAUCUCUGUGAGCCCUCAAGAGGACUGGUCUUAAUGUGUCCGACCCGCGACUGAAGGACUGUAUGGACAAGCUGCAACGCUCCGUAUCGGAAUCCUUUCAUGACGUCAUGAUGGACCGGGAACUCUUCCACAAGUGUGUAGGUGGGAGCAUAGUGCUUCUGAUCCAGGCCUUCAGAAAGAAGUUCAUCAUCCCGGAGUUUGAUUCCUUCGUUUCAAAAAUAGAUCAAAUCUACAACACCGUUCAGAAAAACCACAACGGACAUCAGUCUACAUUCCUCACCUGGCCAAGUUCAGUCCUGAUCUCUGGGGUGUGUCCCUGUGUACAGUGGACGGACAGAGGUGGGUACAACCUCCCUGUGUACAGUGGACGGACAGAGGUGGGUACAACCUCCCUGUGGACGGACAGAGGUGGGUACAACCUCCCUGUGGACGGACAGAGGUGGGUACAACCUCCCUGUGGACGGACAGAGGUGGGUACAACCUCCCUGUGGACGGACAGAGGUGGGUACAACCUCCCUGUGGACGGACAGAGACAUUCAGUAGGGGACACUAAGCAGCCCUUCUGUCUCCAGUCGUGUGUAAAGCCUCUGGAGUAUGCUGUGGCCAUCCACGAGGCUGGGACAGAGAAGGUACACCGCUAUGUGGGGAUGGAGCCCAGUGGACUCAAAUUCAACAUGCUCUACCUGGAUGAGGAAGACAAACCCCACAACCCCAUGGUGAAUGCUGGAGCCAUUGUGAUUAGCUCUCUUAUCAAGCCCGGUUCAAAUAAGGCAGAGAAGUUUGACUAUAUGAUGGAUUUUAUCAAGAAGAUGGCCGGUCGAGAGUACGUGGGGUUCAGCAAUACCACGUUCCAGUCUGAAAAAGAAACAGGCGACAGAAAUUUUGCAAUUGGAUACUACCUCAAAGAGAAGAAGUGUUUUCCCACUGGGGCAGAAAUGAUUGACGCGCUAGACUUCUAUUUCCAGCUGUGUUCCAUAGAGGUGACUUGUGAGUCUGGAAGUGUCAUGGCGGCCACGCUGGCCCACGGGGGGAUCUGCCCAAUCACCGGCGAGCGCGUCCUUUGUGCCGAGGCUGUAAGGAACACCCUGAGUCUAAUGCACUCUUGCGGCAUGUACGACUUCUCUGGAGAGAUGGCCUUCCAUGUGGGCUUGCCUGCUAAGUCUGGGGUGUCAGGAGCAGUUCUCUUGGUGGUUCCUAACGUCAUGGGAGUGAUGUGUUGGUCUCCUCCGUUAGACAGGGUUGGAAACAGUGUCCGGGGAAUACACUUCUGCCAGGAGCUGGUGUCUUCGUUUAACUUCCACAACUAUGACAACCUGAGACACUUGGUCAAGAAGCAGGACCCUCGAAGGCAGGACGGGGAUGAUAGGAACAAGUCUGUGGUGAGCCUGAUGUUUGCAGCCUACAGUGGAGAUGUGUCAGCCGUCAGAAGGUUUGCUCUGUCAUUGAUGGACAUGGAGCUGAAGGACUAUGACUCUAGGACCGCGCUACACGUGGCUGCUGGUGAGGGCCAUGUGGAUGUGGUACGGUUCCUAACAGACGCCUGCAAAGUGAACCCCUUUCUGAAAGACCGGUGGGGCAACAUUCCCCUGGAUGAUGCCAUGCAGUUUGGCCACAGUGCCGUGGUGAAGGUCCUACAGGAUUACCAGGCGGCCUGCCAGGAACAGGAGAGACUACCAAUGGCUGAUACCAUACCCCUCAAACUAGAGACUGUAGAAGGCAUGGUGUGAUCAUGGGCCAUAUGUAUCAAGCGUCUCCCAUUAGGAGAGCUGAUCUAAGAUCAAUUUUGAGUAAUGAAACAGAUGAUUAUAGACGGGGAGAACAGUGAUUGUAGAUCAACACCCCACCUUGAUAAAUGGGCCCAGGACCAUCAGGAUCCAUUUAUUAGUCCCCAAACAGAAGAAAACUGAUUGAAACAUGGAGACUUCCUCAAGUUGUCCAAUAAAAAAAGAAAAACAUUCAUUUUAAUUUCUGUUGCAAAUAGGUGUGUCCCAAGUGGCAUUCUAUUUCCUAUAGACCUUUAGUGCACUACUUUUGGUUAGCAGUGUGUGUAUAGGGAAUAGGGUGCUAUUUGGGAUGCAGACCUAGUGUUAUUCCUCCCAUCAGGACUUUCUCUGGGUACAUCCCAAUAAUGUCUCAUUUCUCCUGAAGUGUACACUCGUUCACUACGUCCCACAAAUCUAAAAUAGUUGAAUUAAUGGAGGCAUGGGCUAGUUUCUUAUACCAGUCAUUACCUUUAAUAUCGGUGAAGGGAAGUGAACAAGUGCACACUUUGAGAGGAAGGAGAGAUAAUUGGGACAGAGUCCCCUAACUUGUAUGCAGUAUUUUCUCUUCUCAUUCAGUCAGAGAUAAGACUUGUAACAACAAUUGUUGGGCUUCAUUCCGAUACAUAUACUGAUUCUAACUAUUAUGAACUUAGCAGAGUUCAUUUUGUCAACAAUAACGACAAAUAUUCGUCAACAACUUAUUUUUCCUUACUAAAACUAUGACUAUAACAAGACGAGAUGCCCAGGGAAAAACCAACGACUCACAAAUAGUUUGUCAUUUUAGAUGACGCUUUCCAGGUGGCCUGCCAGGAACAGGAGAGACAAGAUGAGAAGACAAGAUGAGAAGUUCACCUGAGACUAAUGGUCAUUCGAUUUGACAUGACGCUCCAUCUGCUCUGUUUUGUCCAAUCAGAAGCAUGCAUGCCUUUAAUGCAAUCGACUCUCUGACAGAAUGAACGUCUUUCAUGUGCGCAGGCUACUUGAGUUUAUCAUAGCCCUGCCCGCCUUUCCAACAUACACGGCUCCCGGCGGUCACUUCAAUCGUCUCUCUUUUGAACUGAUGCGCAGGAAGGAAACUUCUAAAUUGUAGCUAACCUCAAUUCUGUUAGGAACCAAUGUUCAAACUGGCCAUUUUUGCUUUGAUCACUUCCAAAGCUAUAUUUUGCCAUUUGCGCUGAUAUUCAUCUGUGUUGCCACUCUCAAGUUCCGCAAAUGCGAGUUACAGUAAAUUUUUACCCGAUUGGAAAUACUACUGCUAUUUACUGAAUAUCAGGAGUACAGCAAGUAUAAGCUCAAGGAGUAUAAGCUCAAGUAGCCUCAUUCUGGCAUUGUUGGAAAGCUCAGAUUCACCCCUUUUCAAUUGAUUCACAGAAUAUGCACAUGGUGGAAGUUAGGGGUAGCUUAAAUAUUCAUUAUUUAAUGGGAAAUGCCUUGACUAAAAUGACGGUGACUAAAACCAGUCAAAUUGUCCAGAAUUUAGACUGAUAAUCUUAAACUAAGAAGGAUAAAAUGACUAAAAUGUGACCAAGAUUAAAAGCCAUUUUAAUAGAUGCCAAAAUUAACACUGCUGGGUACCAGUCUGUUUGUGGCAUCAAGGAAUAACAAGUUUGGUAUGACCGGAAGUUCACACGAUAGCAGACCGUUCUGGGACCUUUUGCCAAUUCAUAUACGUCACUUUCACAACCCACAACUGACCUAUACUAUACCUUUUUUUAAGGGCAUCAUGAAAUGCCCUAAUACAGCUUGCCAGUGUCUUUGGCUUUGCUGUGUAUUGGUGAACAUUAGCACGUUGUUGAUACAUUAGCUGAGGUUGUGCUGCAAGGGCUCAACAGACCCAGUAAUGAAGGAGUUCAGAUGUCAUGGUAACUUGUUUCAGUCAUGUGGCCUCAUUUGAGUACCUGGGGCUCUGUUGCAAUAUCCAUCACUCGGAGUGAAGCAAUGUGUUGGGCAUGCAUUCUCAAUGGUGUGUGUGUGUGUAGCAUCCGCAGCAGAAUGAAUGGUCAACUCUCAAACUGAUGGUUCAUGAAAGUUUAAUGCGGUACCAUUUCCAUAAACACACCGUAAGACCUGAUGGAGAAACAAACCAAAAAUGCUCUUAUAAUACGAAACAAUACAGUCCACAGACAACACACUUUUACACAACUUUACAUUAGCGUGCUUCAUACAUCAAAUGCAUCAAUAUGCAUGAGAAUGUCUACCCCAAAUAGUCGAUUACGUGCUAAUUGCUUACUAAUGUGGCGCAAGAUUAACUAAUAUAUUAGCCAGCGCAAACAGUGGAGCUAGGCUACAGCUAAUAACGUCAUAUUGCUAGCAGACUUCAGAACAUCAGUUACAACACAAAUAUCCAUUCAGUAUACGUUCAAAAUAAUUAGAAACAUUUGAAAUAAGACCAAUAUUUAAAAACAGUAAAUACCUUGCUCUCUUUCCAGCUAGGUGCUAAGUUUGACGUUGUUUUCUUGCAUACUUGAACAACCUUCACAGAAAGUAAUUUUUCCUUUCUCUCCCGCGCCCGUUUCCCAUAUACCCUUUAACCUUGUAUCAGAGAAGGCACAAAAAAUAAACUGCUGUCAAAAUAAGUCACACUAAACUGUCAAAUAUACAGUGAGGUUUGAAAGAUAAUAAAAAUUAAAAAAAAACGAGCCCAAAUAUUGAGCAGAUAUUGUGAUCUGGCACUCGUUUUUAGGGGUUCAUUUACAGUGUGCUAGAAUGGACAUUGGGACGUAAGCUGGAGUUUGUUCAUAUUUAGUUACAUAUUUCUAAAGAGAACAUGUCUACAGGUCUGUAUCCUUUAUGUACAUUAUUGGAGAUCUACGUCCAUGGAUGUAACACGUACCAAUAAAUGUUGUUAACCAAUGAGGAACGUUGAGAUAUGAGGGAAAACUGUGACUUACAGCAUUCCUCUGAUGUGAACUCUAGCACAUGUGCAAACAUUGAAUUGGACUUUGUGUAAAUACUGUAUUGCUUACAUGUAAAUAAGAAAGUGUAUUUCCUAAUGCCUGAUUCUUUUGCAAAACUGUGUGGUAUGUUUUAACUUGUUCUUCAUCACUUGAAUUCACUGGUAGGAUUUUUAUGUCAUGAUUAUUUACAUGUCUUAGGAAAGAGAUGAUCGAUUAAAACUCUGACCCCUUCUGGUGGCAUUUUCUCAA